GAUGGGAUGAACAAUCACAAACAGAACUGAUUAACAGUCGGGUGAUCAAAUCAGCAUUCGGAAAUCCAAAGAAAGGUGGUCGUAUUUUGAAAAGUCGAAAAGGAAAUUGGGUCAUUUUGCGCUCUUGACUGCAUGGGAAAGUUUUUCUCCGGGGAAGAGUCCACUCCGCCUCCCCACGCUUCACAAGCAAACUCCGCAGCCGGACGAGGGACCGACCUCCUUUUGCUUCUCAACUCCGGUUUCGACUGUCUUUGUUCCACUUCGUCUGUGAAGAAAACGCCCGAGGAGGACCAUCACCGUGUGCGGCUCGAGGGAUGACCGCGGCCCGUAAGUGUGGGUGAACCUUCCCGCAAAAGAGUGAACCAGAGAGAGGCGGUGGUCGGCCGGGUUUCAGGAAGAUUUAGAGCGGCUCCUCCGCUGCUCUCGAGCCGCCUCCGAGGCCAUGGGCUGCGGUUUAAGGAAGCUGGAGGACCCCGAGGACAGCAGCCCCGGGAAGAUCUAUUCGACGCUCAAGAGACCUCAAGUGGAGACCAAGACUGAGACCGUCUACGAUUAUGUCCUCCUGGACUUUAGCUUGGAAGGUAGCCGUCCCACAGUGCAGUAUGUGUCGUCGCUGGCCGAGCUGCCUCAGGCGCUGCAGCCAUACUACACGCAGGGCUACGUCCUGGCCGCCCUGCACCCCAUCAUCCUGUCAGUGGGCCGCACGCGCUCGCUGCCCUUUAGCCUGCUGUACCGCGCUGUCCUGGCCAGGCCCAGACUGAAUCAACAGACGGCAUCCAUGUGCCACAGCGUGCCUGCGCUAAGGGUGGAAGAGUGGCCACUACCCGGAGACUCACUGACCGGCGAGAUUGUUCGAGCACUAAUUGACAGGGUGAACAACAGUGCCCGUGAAGGUGUCCGUUUCGUCGGGUCAGUCCUCCAGCAAGUGAGCGUGUUGAGCAACGGCAGCCAGCUGCACAGUCCGAAGAGGGGCUGCCGCUCUCCCCCACUCUCCCCCCCUCGUACCCCUCCAGGAGACAGAGAACUGGAGGAUACCGUCGCAUACAGUCCUGACAUGCGACUUCUGGUCUUCUUCCACUCCUGGGCUCCGGGUUGCGCCCCUCUGGAAUCGUUGGCAUGCCAGUACCACCAGGGAGCGUUGUCCAUGCGCGUCUCCAGGAAGGGCCAGGUGGUGAGCGCCCUGGAGGCCGAUUGGCUGGAGCUGACGGCCGCCUACUACCGCAGAGGCUGGUCGCUGGUGGACUCCUUCGUCUACUGGGAUACCCCGAAAGGUGAACCCGUGCCACGGUCGCUGGAAGGCCUUUUUGUGUACGAAGAGAAGAGCACCGCCCCUCCUGCCAACGACACCAUCGUGGUGGAGCAGUGGACUGUCAUUGAGGGGUCCAGUGUGAAAACAGACUAUGGGCCGCUACUUCACACUCUGGCUGAGUUUGGAUGGCUGCUGACGUGCGUGCUGCCCACUCCCAUCAUUCGACAUGACAGUGAUGGGAAUCUGGCCACCAAGCAAGUUGUGUUUCUUCAGCGACCUGUCAGGAGUCAGGCAGCAGCACAGCACAGGAACCAGGUUCUGCCGGUGCACUGCGACGUAUCCAGCCGCUCCGUCAGCGGCGCCGCGCUUCGGCAGGAGCUCUCCCCUGUGGCCGGGGGCAUCGGUGGCUUUCCGGCCUUUGGAGCCCCCAGCUCGAUGUCGCACCUGGAGGAAGGCUGCUUCGACCAGGAGGAGGGCAAGGCGGAGGUCACCUGCAUGUGAGCGGACUGAUGUCAUGAGAUUCCCAAUUGGAGGAAAUCCACUUCUUCUGUGGCAAUGCGCCAAAAACAUUGCUCCUCUGCAGUGGGAGAACGCUGCACUUUUUUGUUAUUUUUUUUAAGCCAAGCCAUAACGAGAAGAACAUAUGGAAAGCCUUUUGAGCAUUUACUCAAUAUCCAGCUUAAGGUCCACUUAUUUUCACUAGUAGGACAAUUUAAGUAUACUAGGACAACUACAAAUUACUAUUGAGAUAAAAGUGUAUAGUCUUCUACAUCUGCGUAGCACUAGUGAGGAAAACAGACUACUAGUGUGCACCUGAUGCUGGAUAUCCAGAAUAUUGAAGAAAUCCUCAAGUGUCUUUCUGGUGGGCUGCAGAUUACCAUUUUAAAAGAACAACACAAAAACGUGAUCUUUGAGGGCCAGCGAGUGGCCAGUCUGCAUUUUCCAAGUGCUACUUGGCAGAGGAUCAAUUUUGCUACCAUUUCUAAUACAUCUUGUUAACAUCCAUCCAUAUCUAAUCCGUUUAUUCUCACAGGAGUGGUGGAGUCAAUUCCAGCCGUCUUCAGGCAGUAGGUAGGGUACACCCUGAACUGGUUGCCAUCAAUCGCAGGGCAUACAUUGACGAAGAGACAUUCGCGCUCAUAAUUGCACCCAGGGACAAUUCAGAGUGUUCCAUUAACCUGUCAUGCAUGUUUUUAGAAUGUGGGCGGAAACCGGAAUACCCGAAAGAAAAACUCAAACAGGGACAGGGAAAACAUGCAAACUCCUCACAGGCAGGCCCGAGCCACAGUCGAACCCUGCACCUCUGCACUGUGAGGCGACGUGCUAACCUACGAGUAGCCCACCAUGCUACCCCAUAUUGUUAACAGUAACAUUUAAAUACAAAUGUCUCGUGAACCUCAUGAGUAACAGUUCUGGCCCCAAUAUUUUCCUCUUUAUUUAUUUAUUUUUUUAAGUUCUGUGGUUUUCAUUACAGCUUUUUGUCUUGUCAUCAUGGAUAUUUUAAAAUUAUAUACACAAUCCAAAGAAAACAAUUACAAACAUGAAAUAUAUAUGGAGUGGGACCGAUGUGAUUCUCGACUCCUGUUGUACUUUUGGACCAUGUAGAGCAGAAUUUUAGGCCUUUUGAUUUUGUUAUCCAUUAAGAGAGUGAGUUGCUGCUCCGCAGGUUAUUUAUUUAUUGGUUUGAGGCGGUUUAUGCAAAAACAUGUCUUUUUUUUUCCUUGACUCUUUGGAUGGAACACAUUCCAAUUACUUCGCAUUGUAUUUCCUGGUGAACAGGAGGACGAAAUGGUAGCCUGCUCGAAUACAUUUCAACUAGACAAAAGUAUUGGGACUGUUUUGAUUUGAGUGGAGUUUCCUCAGAUAAUUCGUUUUUGUCUUCCUGGAAGUAGAAUGUGUCCCGAUAUGAACGCUCACACAGCGUGCCAUGCUUGGAAGGCAGCCAUGUUGGCUCAGUCGGAGAGAUGCGAUUUCAGACAUUAUUAUCUUGACCAGUAUUACUAGUACACGAUAUGGUACUCCAUUGAAUUUAGUUUCUAUGUAUUAAAAUCAAAAUUCAUGGUGUUACAAAGGACGACAGCAGUAUUAUCAGCGGAACAUGGUUGUGUUUAUAGUUGUAAAUCUACACAGCCCUUCUUCCAUGAUUAAAAUGUUGCUUAUUAAUGUUGCUUUAAUAGUGAAAAGACCAUUUAAAACCAGUAUUAAUUCCAGUUGUUUUGUUUUUAAGUUGUACAUUUGAUUCUUUAUAUGGAUAGUGUUCACCAAAAUAAAUGCAUAUCCCCAUCA